UAUGAUGUAAUUUCACCUUCAUGUAUUUACUAAUAUAAAUUAUCAAUAGGUCGGAUAAUCAUAACCCCAUACCUCAGAAGCUCCAGUCUUGCAAUUCUUGGGUAAAUCAAAGAAGCGUAAACGUCGUUUACUUGACACCAAUGAUUGGAUUUCUUUACACGACCACAAAAUUAAAGGCAAUUCCCAUACCUAAUACCUCAUUAGACUUAAAGUUGAUAAUGUUGUAUGGUCAUUUUGGACUAGAUAUAGCAUGUUAUCUGAGCUCCAUUAAACCCUUGAUGAAGUGAUCAAGUCCCAAUUACCCACUUUCCCAGUUAAAAGACUCUUUGGUAAUCUAAAUCCAGAUUUCAUUUCAACCAGAAAAUCAUAACUUAAUAUCUAUCUUUAGGUUUUAAAUUAAUCUCAUAUAUGUAGGCUCUUUUUAAAGAUCCUUAAGUUCGUGAUUCUAAAGUAUUCCAAGACUUCAUCAACAAUUCAAAAUAAAAAGCAUUCAAAAAAGCUGACCUUGAUUCCCUUCAUCGAUUUAAAUUGGAUGUUUGAA